AUGUCCGGGGAGAAGCAGCGGCCGCAGGUGCCCAUGGUGAUGUACGAGCCACAGCGGCCCGAGCCCUCGGCCCCGCCGCUCGGCCAGGACGGGGGCUAUGAGUAUCCUUCUCCCCCACCUUACUCCUACAGAGAAACCACCAUCAUCGAGGAGCCAGUUUAUUUGGUGCCCCAGCCUCCCAUCAUCGUGGCAGGGAUCUUCUCCAGCAAACCAACGUCCACAAUCUGUCCUUCCUGCCGCCAGCACAUCACCACCCAGGUCACCUACAGACUGGGCAAGCUGUCCUACCUCCUGUGCACCAGCCUGUGCAUGGUUGGGUGCUGCUUCGGAUGCUGCCUCGUCCCUCUCUUCAUCAGGAUCUUCAAGGAUGCAGAUCAUUACUGCCCAUGCUGCCAAUUUCACAUUUAUAGAUACAAAAGACUAUAGAAACAAACUUUAUGCAACCAGAUGACGUAAAGCCUCUAUUUCCUAAUGGCAUAAGAUUCUGCACAUAAAACUACUGCUAGGAAACUCAUAGGACUACGCUUGGGUUCUGCAGCUCCCUUGCUGGUGAACCCACCUGGUAAACUCCAGUUUAGCACCACACGGUUGGACUGGCUUUAAAACAAAAAACACUUCAAGACUAAUUUGCACUAUCAUUUAAUUUAUGCUCUAUUUGAUUCGCUGCCCUGUGCUGUGAAGUUCCAGCUGGUGAGUUCUUCAGCUCCUCUCAAAUCUCCCACCCAGCUGGGACACAGACUCCUCCGGACCUCUCAGCCCACCACUAACCAAGGUUUGGACAUGGAUGUUUCAGAGAAGCUCCUGCCUUCUCUGCACUGGAACUGACAGGCUGGGAUUUCAUUUCCCUCUGCUCUUCUCCCUGCAGGAUCUACCCCUGCAGGGCUGUGGGUGGUACA